UGUCAUUAGGGAAGUGGGCGGGAAGGGACUUUUGCAAAAUAGCUGACAGUAAAACAGUUAUCAAAUCGUCAUUUAUUGGUGUGCGUGCUGGAAAAACGAUAAGAUUUUAUUUACCGGAGUGAAUUUAGUGUCGUCAGCUGGUUGUCAGUUACUUACUUUUUAAAAAAAUCUACCAUUCAAAUUCCAUGAUUCAAAAUCUAUUGGUAGAAUUGAUCUGGCAAUGCAGCACAAAAUGCUUUUGCUGUCAUUUUCAUAACUGUCAUGUGUGCUGUCAAGCGCUGUCACUGACUUUUUUUGUGAUCAAGUGUGCGUCAAGCUCUAACCUAAAAAUCCGACUGCGUUGGCCAGAGUUUGUUGUGAGCACGUGGUGAAUCUUUUUAUAUGGAUAAUUUCAUGUUUGAAUAAACUAUAACAUCAGUAUGCCUGAAAAGUGGUACGUGUUAUUUGAACAUGCUGCGGGGUACGCAGUAUUCAAUGUCAAUGAGUUCGAAGAGGUGGGCAUGCUCCUGCCCCAACUGGAAGCGGCAACACAUGACUUGGGCCGCUUCAACAGUGUGGUCCAUUUAGUGAGCUUCAGUCCAUUCAAGAGCGCUGUGCAGGCCCUGGAAAGCAUCAAUGCAAUAUCAGAGGGGGUAUUGCCGGAGGAUCUUCAACAUUUCUUAGAUGUAACGAUACCCAAAAGUAGCGGUAAGAAGGAUAAAGUUACGCUGGGAGUUGCAGAUCCUAAGCUAGCUGCUGCUAUUACUGAGGGGCUCGGGAUCACAUGCACGCAUAUUGGGAUUGUACCUGAAGUUGUAAGAGGUAUAAGGCAUCACUUUACCAACUUGGUCAAAGGUUUCACAGCCAAAAGUUCAGGAGUAGCUCAGCUGGGCUUAGGACAUUCCUAUUCUAGAGCUAAAAUCAAGUUUAAUGUACAUAGAGUAGAUAACAUGAUCAUACAGUCUAUUGCUCUCCUUGAUCAACUGGAUAAGGAUGUCAACACUUUCUCUAUGAGAAUAAGAGAGUGGUAUUCGUACCACUUCCCAGAAUUGGUGAAGAUUGUUCCUGAAAAUUAUUUGUAUGCAAAAUGUGCAAAAUUCAUUGGAAAUAGAAAGAUGUUGACAGAAGAAUCACUGAAGGACCUGGAAGAAAUAACAAUGGAUUCAGGCAAGGCACAAGCUAUAUUAGACAGCUCCAAAAGCAGCAUGGGGAUGGAUAUCAGUGAGGUGGAUCUGCUGAACAUUGAGCUGUUUGCGAGUCGUGUAAUAGCCUUGGCGCUGUAUAGGAAGCAGCUCGCCGAAUAUUUGAGAUCCAAGAUGUCGGACGUUGCCCCAAAUCUGGCUACUUUGAUUGGUGAACAGGUGGGCGCCAGAUUGAUCGCGCAUGCCGGUUCACUUACGAACCUCGCUAAGUAUCCCGCAUCCACCGUACAGAUACUCGGUGCUGAAAAGGCGCUGUUUAGAGCCCUCAAAACAAAAGGGAACACUCCAAAGUAUGGAUUAAUUUUCCAUUCGACAUUCAUCGGAAGGGCUGGGACAAAGAAUAAAGGUCGAAUUUCACGCUAUCUAGCAAACAAGUGUUCAAUAGCUUCUAGAAUCGACUGUUUUACCGAACAACCAACGAAGGUGUUCGGCGAACAUCUCAGGCAGCAGGUAGAGGAUCGUUUGAAAUUUUACGAAACGGGUGAUGUGCCGAGGAAGAACCUAGAGGUGAUGAAAGAGGCACUAGAGGAAUACAGCCAACAAAUGACGGUAGAGGCGAAUAAUACCAGCAUCAAGAAGAAGAAAAAGAAGAAGAGGAAGGCAGUGGAAAUGAACGGAGAUCAAAAUGCGGAAGAGGAUGGAAUUGCGACCAGUGAAUCGCCGAAGAAGAAAAAGAAGAAACUCGCUUUGGAAGAUGGAACGACGGCAGAGGAUGGGUCGAUGAACGACACGGCAGAAAUGGAAAACGGAGAGGUGCCCAAGAAAAAGAAAAAGAAAGCCUCCCAAAUGGUGGAAGAAGAAACAUCAUUGAAUGAUACGUUAGAAAUGGACGAUGGGGAAUCGCCUAAAAAGAAAAAGAAGAAAAAGAAACAAGUCGCUGAAUAGCGAUAAAAGCAUUUUUACGCAGUAUAAUCAUGGAAAUCAUUGCCCUAAUUGUUUUACUCCUGAACCGAAGACAUUCUUCUGAAAUUGCAUUCAGACUCAAUAAAUCAACCAACUGGUUAUACAAGGUGUUUAGAAGAUAGACACUUCUCUUGGAACAUAGUGGCACAUAAAGUGUGAGAUUUCGGUUUGGCCUUGGCAGGUAACUCCGUUAUUAAGAAAAAGUUAAAUACAAGUAUUGUAGCGAACAGUAUGCUGUAGACUUGGAAAAUAUUUUUAUUUGUACACGGCGAUUCAUAACUACGUGAAGACUCUACGUGAUUUGGAUAGGGCCUUUCAAACAAAGAAAUUUGAUAUAACACUAUAUAUUUAUGUAUAACAUUCCUGUUGAGAUAUUAGAAAAUCUAUCGUAAAAAAACACUCAACUUUGAUAAUUCACAUCUCCACAGCUGUUACAGUUAAAGUGCUGAAUUUUUCGUCAGAUAAAUUCUAUGAUUCCAUAUUUUGUCUCUAUAUACCUACUUUUUCAGUUUUUUUUAACAAUUUAUACAGGGAGGUCAAGAAGGUGAAAUGAGCUAUUUCUCAAUUUUUGUCUGACACAAAGUUUAUGUGGGCUUGUAUGUUUUUUGAGUUCCUAAACCUUCUUGACUCUUUGACUUUUUUGCAUAAGGCUGUGUAGAUUCAAUUUACAAUGAAAAUAUACCACUUCUAACGAUUUGCCAUUAUCAACUUAAUGCUAUUUUUCAUUUUGUAAGGUAUUGUAAUAUUUUUCAUUUACCUUUAUAUCUGAUUUAGAAAAGAGUUAUAACUCGCAAACCCCCAUAAACUUUAUAUCAAAAAAAUGCUUGGGGAAAAAGUGGAAUCAAAAAAUGUGAAAAUAUCUAUACAGGAUGUUCCUUUGAAAGUUUUGAGAAAUAGUCUAUUUUGCCUUCUUGAUCAUCCUGCAUAAAUUGUCAAAAAAAUUAAAAAAGCAAGUGGAUAGGGAAACAGUAUGUGAUCAAGAAGUUUUUUUUCGAUAGGUUGUGCAAUAUCUCAAUAAUUUGAAAAUGAAACCGUAUAGUACUUCAUAUCGAAUUCUUUUGUUUUAAAUGGCCUUUCUGCAAUAAAUUGUGAGGAUAAAUACUUGUUGGGCUGGUUAUGAACCCUGAAAGAUGAAAAUAUUUUCCAAGUAAGGAGCAUACAGUUUUUCUAAUUUUUUUAGAUACGGUAUUUAAUUAAUAAAUUGUUGAUUUGUUAUAAAAUCCUAUAAAGCCAUGCAUGCAUACAAAAAUCAAGACUUAAAAUAUGCUGCAUUAUUGCUUAAUUAACGGGCCCAAAUAUCUGUGGCUCAGUAUUUUCUUUCAGUUUUUUUAAGGAUGUAUUUAUCUUCUACUCAUCCGAUAAAAAGAUUUACUAAGAUGACACUAUCAAAUUAACUAACUACAUAUUUGUGUAUGUAAAACUAACUUAAUGAGGACUUGAGGAAAAGUGGAAAGUUCAUAGUGUUUAAGAGUGAUUUCUCUCAAAUUGUUGGGAGUAUAUGGGUCAAAAUUAGAAGAUAUUCUCCACAGAUCUGUAUAUGCCCGUUGACUAGACAAAAUUUUUGUAAUUGAAUAUUUUUCAUUAAUGACAUUCGGUGUUGGUAAAAAAGUUUAUAUGUUAUUGUUUUAUAUUCUGUAUAAUAUAAUUGUCGAUAUAAAAGUUGAACUGUUUACAUUAUUGUGACUGACAUAAUUCCCAGACAAGAACCCCACGAAAAUCACAAAAUUGUCAUGUCUCGUUAUACUUUGUUUUGCAUCUUUUUAUUACCAUUACACGCAAUUUUUUAAACUUAGUUUAGAUUUAAGUAAUGUGGGCGUUAUUACAAUUUGUUUUAUCAUUGAGUUGAUUAUUAUAUUAUGAUUUCAGUUUGUAAUAUAAAUGAAUCACUGACUAAA